AUAUUUUACAAGGUUGGAUGAAAUCAGUUGUAAAUCUUAUUGCUACAUCUGUGAAGUUGUAAGAAGAAUGGAAAAGUGAAUGUAAAACAUCUCAGCAGUCAUCUACCUAUGAUACCCGUAGCAUUGGUUUGGUAUCGGUAACUACCUGUACAAUCACACACCACUUGUCUGCAUUUUCAAUACUAUUUUUACAAUCGGAGCUAUUUUAAUUCAUACUAUCGCUUAAAUUGGUGCUUUGUUGUGUGGUGUAAGACGUCUGUGAAGUUGUGAAAUCGUGUGAACGUGAUGCAGGCUACAGUUGAGUAACUUUAACAUGCUACUGUACAGUAGUUUAUGUUUCAGUGUAAAACAGUUUUAUUCAACAUGUAUCAGUCAUGGAUUAGAUAAUAGAUGUAUUAUGUUGUCUAGUUUCAUGGUGUCAUAAUCAUGAUAUUUGCCUUGCAUUUCAAUCUACACAUGAAUAUGGUUCUGCAAUGUUAGGUAGGAUAUUCUGUUCCCUUGACAUUCUGCAAGCAUGAAUACUUUACAAUAAUGGAAGAUAUGCAUUGUGUUAAUCUUACUAUUUGUCCAUGUAUUGAAUGUGACACUCCUCAGCAUCAUGACACUCCCUUCCUGAAUCUGUCAUAAAGGGCUAUGCAUUCUUUGUCCUUUAGUUACACAACUAAAUCUAGUAUCUGUCUCUUACCUUUCAUGCUGUAGAUUUACUGUCAUGGUGCUGAGAAUGCUUAGUACUGUAUCUGUCACUUACCUUUCAUGGUGUAGUUUUACUGUCAUGGUGCUGAGAAUGCUUAGUGCUGUAUCUGUCUCUUACCUUUCAUGCUGUAGAUUUACUGUCAUGGUGCUGAGAAUGCUUAGUGCUGUAUCUGUCACUUACCUUUCAUGCUGUAGAUUUACUGUCAUGGUGCUGAGAAUGCUUAGUACUGUAUCUGUCUCUUACCUUUCAUGCUGUAGAUUUACUGUCAUGGUGCUGAGAAUGCUUAGUACUGUAUCUGUCUCUUACCUUUCAUGCUGUAGAUUUACUGUCAUGGUGCUGAGAAUGCUUAGUACUGUAUCUGUCACUUACCUUUCAUGCUGUAGAUUUACUGUCAUGGUGCUGAGAAUGCUUAGUACUGUAUCUGUGUCUUAUGUAUUCUCUGUAUGUAUUAGGUAUGAACCCGUGGACAUGCAGGUACCUGCAGCACUCCCUCCUGCCUCACGUUCGGCCCCUGUCCCUGGUGAUCUAUCCCAGGCCCUCUUGUAUCCACCCCAGGCUUCUGAACUUGCCCCAGUGGGGUGAAGACCAGAAGAGGGUGAUGUCCUUCCUGCCUCAGAAUGUGCUGGGUUGAACACAUAUCUGUAUCACCUCCUGGUACGGCAACUGCUCCGCCCACAACAGCAGGGCUCUCCAGAGGGUAGUGAGGUCUGCACAACGCAUCACCAUGGGGCAAACUACCUGCCCUCCAGGACACCUACAUCACCCGAUGUCACAGGAAGGCCAAAAAGAUCAUCAAGGACAAUAACCACCCGAGCCACUGCCUGUUCACCCCGCUAUCAUCCAGAAGGCGAGUGGAGAAGUUCAGUGAUGUUCCACAGUGCAAGAAUUUCUUCAUGAAUGGGACAACUCCAAAUCUCCCAGGUAUUUUGGUUGGUGGGACGGUCCAGGACCAGAAACGCUACAAGCUGAUUUGUCAGUUGUUCAACAACAUCUACAGGUUUGCAACUCUCUACGACACGACCAACAGGAUCCCUGUGUUCUCAGCCUACACCUUCACUGGUCCUCCUACAGACCCCAGACCAAAUCCAACCUGGAUGAUCGAGCCCCAGCUCAACGGUGUAAACAACAGCCCUGAAAUGAAGAAUAUGGGAGAACACUACCAACACCAGGCUGGGAACUACGACUAUAGUAACUCAAUACAAAAUAAAGGGGUGAACAAAGGUCACCUCUUCCCAUGUUCACAUGCUCAUGACCUUGAUACUCAGAAGUCCACCUUUACCCUGACCAACAUCCUUCCCCAGGUGGUGUCCUUCAACAAUGGCAGGUGGAUGAAAAUGGAGGAAAAUGUCAGAGAGAAGCUGAUGACGGACUGUUUUAGUAACAACAGGAAGAUAAAGGCCUAUGUGGUGACUGGAGCGGUGCCCAGUAAGAACAAAACACUGAAGAACAGAGUGAACAUCCCUGAUCUCAUGUGGACAGCCUACUGCUGUUACAACAAGAAGAAAAAGUGGAAGGCCGAAGCACACUGGGGGUGGAACAAGAAGGGAAAGAGGAAAACAUUGAAACCAGAAACCUUGGGAGCACUCGAAAAGGAGUUGAACCAAUUUCACCAAGGUGGUCGUGUCCAGGUGUUCCCAAAGGAUUGUCCAAGAGGUCCUAAACCUACCACUAACCAACCCAGUUGGAAGAAUUAUCUUGAAAGAAUUUCUUCCACAGUCAGGAAUCUUUCCAAUUCCAUGAUGAAUAGAAUUGGAUGAUCUGGGUACAGAUGCUCAGACUAUAUCAACAAACGACCAACUAAACUCUGUUGAAAUGAUGUUGAUAUGCAGCCACUUGUUACGGUUAUAGUGGUUAUAAGGGUUAUAGUGGUUAUAAUGGUUAUAGUGGUUAUAAGGGUUAUAAGGGUUAUAGUGGUUAUAAGGGUUAUAGUGGUUAUAAGGGUUAUAAGGGUUAUAGUGGUUAUAAGGGUUAUAGUGGUUAUAAGGGUUAUAAGGGUUAUA